AUGGGACUCAGAAUAGCAACGCUAGGUCUGAUGGACGCUGAUAGUGCCGAACACAAAUGCUACCAAUGUAUCUCGAGCAGUGACAAUCAAGAAGAUUGUGAGUCGAGCGACUUGGACAAGUUGAAGCCGUUCAUUAAGCCCUGCCCAGUUCUUCAAGAAGGCACAUUCAAAGGAGCACACGCAAAAGGCUGUCGAAAAAUUAUACAGACUGUUGAAAGCAAGAAAUCAACAAUUCGUGAAUGUGCCUAUUCGGGAGAAGUGGUCGAUGGGCAGAAGAAAACCGGAAACUGGGGCAUCAAUAUGUACUACUACCAAUGCGAGAAUACGGUAAUUUUAAUGCCCGUUUUGGUAAAUUCGCUGUGGGCAAUGGUAAUAUAUCAGGGCCAUUACCAUUUUGGUCGAAAGGUUCAUAUAGAUGGGCAAAAGUGGUCCAAAAAUAGAAGCCAUUACUUAGUACACAGCCUAUGA